UAGAGGAGGCGGUGCAUAACAAAAAGUAAUGACCAUCUAUUUGGGUCCUGAAGAAGGAGGGCUAUUUCACGUCGGACUACCGUAUGUGUGAUUGAGGUUUCUUCAUGUUCGUGCGUACGUUUGCCCUUCAUUGAUAUAUCGUUGCGUUUCAGCCAUUUUAUCGUUGGAUGUUCGUUGGUUGCGUUCGCUGACCGAUUAUUGAGCUGGCUGAACUUGGUGCCUCGUUUUAGGGUUAAAAGCGAGCAGCUAGCCACGUUGCUAACGUUAGCUACUACGAGCGCUGCUGUGUGAGCCGAUGUCUGGAAGGGCGUACGAGUUUGACGUUUUCUCACCAAGUCUCCUCACAUUUUGAGUUUAGUACAACGCGGUCCUCUCUCCUCAAAGCUGAACCGCCCAGUCAACAUGGAAGGGACACACUUUGAAAGAGCAUGAACACGACGACAAACGGCGACUAAAGAGGAUUAAAAGCUACUCUGUCUUGAUGGGGAAAAGUUGAGCUGAGGAUUAACAACUUGGGAUAAACUGAAGAACGGUUUCAAGUCUUCCUUGUGUAUAAGGGCAUGCAAAAACCUCAGUGAUGGAGUCAACAGUUGUGAGUACGUCCACUCUGACCCCUGAUGAGUUUGAUAGAAACGUGCCUCGGAUCUGCGGCGUGUGUGGUGACAAAGCCACCGGCUUCCACUUCAAUGCCAUGACCUGUGAGGGUUGCAAAGGUUUUUUCAGGCGCAGUAUGAAGCGCAAGGCCGCUUUCACAUGUCCCUUUAACGGCAGUUGCACCAUCACCAAGGACAACAGGCGCCACUGCCAGGCAUGCCGACUCAAACGCUGUGUGGACAUUGGCAUGAUGAAAGAGUUCAUUCUGACAGAUGAGGAAGUGCAGAGGAAGAAGGACCUGAUUCAAAGGAGGAAGGAUGAGGAAGCACAACGUGAAGCGGAGAAGGAGGCGAGGCGGCCCCGGCUCAGUGACGAACAGAGUCAGGUCAUCGCCACGCUGGUGGAGGCUCACCACAAAACAUAUGACGACUCCUACUCUGACUUCUGCCGCUUCAGGCCUCCUGUGCGCGAGGGCCCAGUGACGCGUAGCGCCAGCAGAGCGGCCUCUCUCCACUCGCUGUCUGAUGCCUCAUCUGACUCCUUCAGUCACUCUCCAGAGUCAGUAGACACAAAAAUGAACUUCAACAACCUACUGAUGAUGUACCAUGAGCAGGGCAGCAGCCCUGACUCCAGUGAGGAGGAGGGCUCCAGCUUCUCCAUGCUGCCCCACCUGGCUGACCUGGUCUCCUAUAGCAUCCAGAAAGUCAUUGGCUUUGCCAAGAUGAUCCCCGGGUUCAGGGAGCUGACUGCAGAGGACCAGAUUGCCUUGCUGAAGUCCAGCGCCAUUGAGGUGAUCAUGUUGCGCUCAAAUCAGAGCUUCAACCUGGAAGACAUGUCCUGGAGCUGUGGUGGGCCUGACUUUAAAUACCAGAUCAGUGAUGUCACCAAAGCGGGCCACACUCUGGAGCUGUUGGAGCCACUGGUGAAGUUCCAGGUGGGCUUGAAGAAGCUCAACCUGCAGGAGGAGGAACAUGUGCUGCUGAUGGCCAUCUGCUUGCUUUCUCCAGACCGCCCAGGUGUGCAGGAUCAUGCAAGGAUUGAAGCCCUCCAAGACCGUCUGUCAGAGACCCUGCAGGCCUACAUCCAACUUCGCCACCCAGGGGGACAGCUGCUUUAUGCCAAGAUGAUCCAGAAGCUGGCCGACCUGCGCAGCCUCAACGAGGAGCACUCCAAACAGUACCGCUCGCUCUCCUUCCAGCCGGAACAUAGCAUGCAGCUCACUCCGCUCGUGUUGGAGGUGUUUGGCAGCGAGGUCUCCUAGAACUUCUGAACCACCUCAAUGAGGAAAGAUGGAGGCAGCAAGCAAGCUGAGGAUGUGCUGUCUGUGUGUCUGUGUGUGUGUGUGUGUGUGUGUGUGUGUGUGGGUGUAUGUGUGCGCGCAUGUGCGUGUUAUGGAGAGCAAGCAGAUGUUAAGGGACUAAACAAGGAAACUUCAUAUAAUACAAAUCAGCUAUACAUACAGUACAACUUCUGCUUAUAUACACUGAUUUUGUCUCUAUUUAAAUCAACAAACCGCUGCUUUAAAUGUCUGGACAUUGGGUGUGUAUGUGUGUAUAUCUAUACACACCAACACAACAAGCAUACUCAGUUAUUCAUUUAGCCAUUCAGUUGAGCUACCUCUUUGUUUUACAGGGGUUGUUUUACAUUGCCUAUGUAAAACAGUAACCUUUACACAGAACAAUUUAGACAUAGUCUACUAUACUAUACUGAGAUUUCAGUAUUUUUCAGUGCAAAAGCAGUGCCUGCACAUUACUUAAAAAAAAAUUCAUCCGCAUCUCUCCAAGGCAGCGACUAUAUGACUGUGUAUACCAUUCUAAACACAUACCUUUCACCAAAGGUAUAGUCAACUACUUUCUAAAAAAGCUUCCAUUACCUAAAAACAACAUAGCUGCUUGACGGCUUGUUUCAUGCAUGCAGCCACUGGACAUGCUAGCAAGUUGUCUGACUAACCUCACAGCCUAUGAAGGAAACGGUCAUUGCUUAGGUUUAUAAUGCAGAGUACGGAACAGUCUGUAGUUUUGUGAGGUUUUGACAGGACUUUGGGGUGCCUGGUUUUGAGAUGAGAAUUAGCCACUAAAUGUGUUAGCUACUUUUACACUGCUAACUGUCAAUCAAACCAAGCCGGCAUUAUGGCUUGUUACUCUCUU